AUGGCAUCAGCGGAUAGUUUCCCGAAACUGAUAUUUGUCGAUUGGGGCGAGUCCGUGAUCACUAGGUGCAGUCCUAUGAUUCUUAUUCGGUCGAAUGCGGACCGCCGUGCUACCCAUAUCGGCCUGGCCGCUUCGCACAGCGCGCAUUUCACGAUGAGUAAUGCCAUCUCAUUCUGGACUCUGGAGGAGCUAAACGGACCGUUCGCUGGCCACUCUACCGUACUACAGGCUGCGAACCCCCUCGGAAGCACCAAGAAGGCCGUCAAUGGCUUCUUCACCUCCACCCAAUUCUCCUGCCUGGACCCAUCGGAGGGUCCCACUUGCACCUCCAUCGAGUGCUCCGCCGACUACUCCAAGACGGGCAGUAGAGUCACCGUUGGAUUGCCCACGAGCGCCGAGAAAGGCCCGAGCACCAAGAUACAAAAUUGGUCUUUGUCCGCGAUCCAGGGCGUAGCAGCUCCGUCCUCUGAAGAUAGUACAGACGGAGUCCUUCGGUCGUCUCUAGGGAACAUUGAACAGAGGGGAUUUGAUAAUGGGACAUCGUUGAAGAUGGACCGGUACUGGGACUUGCUCGGUUUGGGCAAUGCCGAAGCAUCGGCUUUCCAGGCUGAGGGAUACAGGUCAUUCAUACCAUUCGACAUCCCCAGGGCUGGCCGGGCGGUGGGCGGGCUCGCGGUCGAUGCGGUAACGUCAAAAAUGAUAGCGAUUCUACGCCUUGAGGCUGCAAGCAAUGACUGGACCGAUGUGGCGAUUGCGCCAAAAGACUCGGCCUUGCGGGACAGAUUCACGGGCGAAGAAGUGAACCACAUGGGUGCUUCGAACAUUUCUGUUACCUCCGAGUCCGAUUUGAAGGUUGACGAUGCAACUGUCGACGAAGCGUCCACCUCAGAAGCGCCCACCGUCGAUGCCUCAACAUCCACUGCUAGUCAAGCCAUAACGAUGGAGACCCCUUCGGAUGGGGCCUACCCCAUUCGUGGCGAGCAAAUUCCUGCUCCUCAGCGUGUUGACAAUUUGAAUCCGGUGGCGGCUUCUUUUACUCCGAAGCGCAAAAUGCCACAGAUUUGGCAGACCCAGUGUCGCUGGACGGUACCCCCAGAUGACAACGGCAGAGGAGUUGACAAUUGUCGGUAUGGUCGGAGAUGUAACUUCGGACAUCUUGGCGAGGAGUACUAUGAAUACCCAGGGCUCAAGCAGUCGUUCACCAAUGGAAUGAAUACGACCCUCAGUGCGAGAAUCUAUGGCCAUAAUUCAACUGCCAUGUUCAAUCCACGUCCUUACCACGUUAAUAGUCGACCUUUACAAGCAAGUUCAGCCAAUAUUGCUAGGGGACCUACAGGAUACUAUGGAGUGCCGCAGUACUAUCCGAGUCCCCCAAUCACGACCUAUCAGCAGUAUCCCACUGCCGGGCCCUCUUAUCGCGAUGUACAGCCCGGCAUUCAGCAGUACCCGGUCCCGAACUUCAUACCCUUCACUACACAGCCUGGAGGCAACCAGUAUCCCUCCCAGUAUCCCACUCCGAACAUGGUCUGUCACAAUGCCCAGUCCACAGGUCUCCAGUAUCCCGUCCCGAAUGGUCUGCGCCCGGAUACACCAUCGGAAGGCGUGAACGGCGGGCAGGAUGCCCAGAACACCUCGCCGGUAGCACCGUCGGAAGGCGUGAGCGGUGGACAAGAUGCCCAGAACACCUCGCCGGUAGCAUCAAAAACGACUGUUCCCGAAGCAGUGGAAGAUUGGUCGGGCCCAUUGAUUGUACACUCGCCCACUCCUCGCCGUCCCCUCGGUCCAGCCGUGAGAUCUCCUGCGCGUGUAAAGGCACUCGCCGAUAUGCGCAGAAAAAAGAAUGGAAGCGAUGACAGUCAAUCCACUUCCUCUGGGGUUACUAAGAGCCCUCCAGAGUCAUCCGGGGAGACGACCGACGAGAGCGAGAGUUCCUCCGAGGACGCGAAGAGCCAGAGUUCCUCUGAGGAUGCGAAGAGCACGAUUUACUGCGAGGAUGCCAAGAACGAGAGUUCCUCCGAGGAUGGCAAGGCCGCGAAGGAUUCCGAACUUACCACUUGA